AAAAACCCUAGGUCCAUGUCGGCGGUUAAGUAGUGUGUAUCAGCUGAUAAACGAAUCUUAAGCUCCGAUGGACGAUUCUCAUAAGGAAGUCGUCGUCGUCGUUGAGACCGAAACUGUUUCACAAGCGAUGCCUGAACGGACACCAGAAGAGCUUGUAGCAAAAGCCAUUGCUCCAGUUAAGAAAGACUUCAUUCGCCCUCCGCCUAUUCGAAACAAGGAUACCGAUACCGAUAACGUCAAUGAUCUUGAUACUAAGCCUUCCGCCCCUUCAAAAAUUAUCAUCGAGAAAAAAUCCAAAAGGCAACUUAAGAGAGAACGCAACCAGGAAAAGGCAUCUACAAAAAAGCUUUGUCCUGAGGUGGCAAGAACUGGAGAUGUUAAUUUGUGCCCUUAUAAGGAUAAUUGUCGCCACAGCCAUGAUAUUGAAGCAUUUAAGUCUCAGAAACUAGCUGAUAUAGAUGGAGAUUGUCCUUUCCUGGCUGAUGAAAAGGCAUGUCCUUAUGGAUUGGGUUGUAGGUUUUCGGGUACUCAUAAAUAUGUUUUUUCGGCUGAUGAGGUCAGGCAAAAGGAGAGGUCUGAAACGAAUACAUUGAGUAAAGAGGUUCAAAGGCUUCUAUGGAAAAACAAGAUGGAGUUCCCUAAGGCUGAUGCUCAACUUACAAUGCUUGGUCUUAUGGGAAACAAAAAUUCAAUAAGCAAAUUGCUUCCACAUGCGGAAGAAGAUAGUAAAGGGAAACCUAAUGGUUCUGCAGCUGAUAUACCUCUCGAAGAGAAUGAUGAAUCAGUUGAAGGAGAACUCAGACCCGUGAAGAAAGUUAAAGCUUCAGAUGAAAAUGAUGAAAAUGUCACAAUGAAUGACGUUGAGAAGUGCCAACCACAAAGUGAUGAGGGGACUACUGCUGAAAGAGACAGUUGCUUAAAACUGCAUCCACGUGAGAAGAAACUCAUCGACUUUAGAGACAAGCUGUACCUUGCGCCUCUAACAACUGUUGGAAAUCUUCCUUUCAGAAGGAUUUGCAAGGUGUUAGGUGCCGAUGUAACAUGUGGAGAGAUGGCGAUGUGCACUAAUCUAUUGCAGGGCCAGGCUUCAGAAUGGGCUCUAUUGAGACGUCAUUCUUCUGAAGAUUUAUUUGGAGUUCAGAUAUGUGGUUCACAUCCUGACACAGUUGCUAGAACAGUUGAACUUAUAGAUCAAGAAUGUGAAGUGGACUUUAUUGACAUCAAUAUGGGUUGCCCUAUUGAUAUUGUUGUCGAUAAGGGUGCAGGUUCAUCUCUGCUUACAAAACCAAUGAGGAUGAAGAACAUUAUACAAACAACUUCUUCAAUAGUGGAUAAACCCAUAGUUGUUAAGGUGAGAACAGGUUAUCUGGAGGGAAGAAAUCGAAUUGACUCACUAAUUGCAGAUAUCGGACAGUGGGGUGCUAGUGCAUUAACAAUUCAUGGAAGAUCAAGACAGCAACGUUAUAGCAAACUAGCUGAUUGGGAAUAUAUCUAUACGUGCACAAGGAAGGCACCCGAUUCUUUGCAAGUACUUGGUAAUGGUGAUAUUUUUUCAUAUGUUGACUACAAUAUUCACAAGUCAGAUUGCCCUGAGCUUUCUACAUGCAUGAUUGCUCGAGGAGCUUUGAUUAAGCCUUGGAUAUUCACUGAAAUCAAGGAACAAAGACACUGGGAUAUAAGUUCUUCAGAACGGCUCGAUAUUUUUAAAAGUUAUGUUCGUUUCGGGCUUCAACAUUGGGGGUCCGACACUAAAGGAGUGGAGACAACAAGACACUUUUUACUGGAGUGGCUUAGUUAUACUCACAGAUAUAUACCUGUUGGACUUUUGGAUGUCAUACCACAAAAACUUAACUGGAGGCCACCAUCAUACUUUGGUCGUGAUGAUCUUGAGACUCUCAUGGCCUCUGAUUCCGCCGCUGACUGGGUGAGGAUCUCGGAGAUGUUACUUGGUAAGGUUCCUGAUGGUUUUACAUUUGCUCCCAAACAUAAAUCUAAUGCUUAUGAUCGCGCAGAAAAUGGCUAAUAAUAUUAUUAUUGAAGUAAGUACUACUUAUAUUUGAUUUUUUCCAGCAAAGAACUAAAUUAGAAUAAUGAACUAAUUUACUGCUUAUCAUUAUUAAGUUUUACUAUUUUUCACCCUCUCAGCUGUACUGUUAUAACAUGAACACAACCAGUUUUUGGACAAGAUCUUUUUAUCUUUUUUAAUGGAAAUCAAGUUGACUU